AUUAAGCUUGACAUUAAAACUUGACGCUCAUUGUUGAUUUUAGCUGUUCUCUAUAUAAUAAUGCAUUACAAUCCUACAGACAGAGAAAACACAUGACUUACUCAACAAAAGGUUGCAAAGAGAAAGAAACUGUUUCUAUUCUUCAUAAAUGACCUUGGCCAUUUCAGUGUCAACACAUUAUUCAUAAUAACAUCUACAGCGUUGGGCCUCCAUCUUCAUCAUUUUAACCUCAGCCGCCUUCCUCAUUAUCGCUCUUAUUCCUCCACAUGGAGGUAAAAGUUGGUUUAUUUGUAAUUUUAUUUAUUUUUCGUGAUGGGGAUGAAGAAAGCCGAGAUAUUCUUAUCCCUUUAUACAUAUACACACUUUUAUUAUGAAAAGCCGAGUCUUAUUUUGUCAGCCGGAAGUGAUGUCACUGUCAACAAAUCGAUUCACUUGUUUGUGCUUUAAUAAACCAACGCUUCUUGUUUCUUUUUAAUGUAUCCGUCUGGGCUUUUCCGAACCGGCAUCGAACCUAAAUCAUAUCCCCGCAACUGCCUCGGCUAAAACCUAGCAAGCGGAAGUCGAAGCGUUCCCGCGCAAAUGAUCAAGAGGAAGAGGAAGGUCGGACAGAGAUGAGUGAGAGCGGGACUCAGCUGCUUGCCCGUCUCGAGGCCCGGCGCUGUCUGAAGGACAUUGAGCCUCAGCUGUUUGCCGAUGAUGGAGGACCUGACCGUGGGGAGGUGGUGGAGGUGUACGGUCCGGAGGGGACAGGAAAGACGGAGCUGCUCUACCACCUGCUGUGUCGCUGCGUCCUGCCGGAGGCGGCUGGCGGUCUGGAGGUGGACGUCGUCUUUGUGGACACAGACUACAGUCUGGACGUGUUCCGGUUGGCCAGUGUUCUGGACAGUCGACUGAGCGCAGAUGGUUCUGCCGGGUCUGAUGAUGCAGUUCUGCGCUCGUGUCUGUCUCGCCUCCUGGUGGUCCGCUGCUCCUCCUCCUCCGAGCUCCUCCUCACCCUUCAUUUUCUGGAGACCACCUUGUCUUCUCGACCCAAAGCAGCGCUCCUUCUUAUUGACAGCAUCUCGGCGUUCUAUUGGUCGGAUCGCAGUGAGGGCGGAGCCAGCGUUGCCAAGCAGGAGGAGAAGCUCAGCAGGUGUUCAGAGCUGCUGGGUCGACUGCUCAGGGAUUACAGAAUCACCAUCUUUGCAACCUGCCACCCCAUCAGGCGGACUUCCAGUGGACCACCCUCCUCCUCCUCAGAGGCAGACCGGUCCCAUCUCUGCCGAGCCUGGCAGCGUCUGGUGACCCACCGGCUGGUGUGCUCCAAACAGGAAGCUGAACAUAACCCAGCAAAUGGAGACCAAGGGAGCGGAGAGCAGAGGAACCGGCAGGUCUUCACCGUCCACUGCUCCUCCUGGACCGGAACCAAGGGUUCCAGGGUCAGCUCCUUCAGAGUGACGGAUGGUGGUGUGGAGUUCGUUUGGACCCAUAGACCUCCUCCUGGUCUUUCUGUUGUACUUUAAAGACUCACUGUUGAUGUUUGUAACUUUAUUACGAUGACAUGUUGGAAUUGAAUAAAACCAGAGAUGGAUCGGAA